CGUGUGCACAGGAAGAGGUGGUGCGGGGAGCCCGGAUGAGCUGUGGGAUGUGUGUGUGAUCCGGGGCUGCAGCCUGAGAAGUGGAGCGGGAGGACGGCAUCUAUUUGCGGGACGCGGUUUCUCCCCGGCACACAUACACAUAAGUUACACGGCUCCGGUGUGACGCUGGCACUGCUCGGGCUGCAGACUCCAUGUAGCGGCGCGGCCCGGGGCACAAGAUGGCGGAUCUGUCGCUGUUGCAGGAGGAUGUACAGGAAGAGAUAGAUGGAUUUGGUGUGGAUGACUACAGCUCAGAGUCUGAUGUGAUUAUUAUACCUUCAGCCUUGGACUUUGUCUCCCAAGAUGAAAUGUUGACACCUCUCGGAAGAUUGGACAAGUACGCUGCAAGCGAAAACAUAUUUAACAGACAAAUGGUUGCCCGAAGUCUGCUGGAUACCUUAAAGGAAGUCAGCGAUGAUGAAAAGGAUUGUAUUUCUGUAUUAGAGAGGGUUACAAGGCUAUCGGAAGAUUCAGAGCCAACUGUUCGAGCGGAACUUAUGGAACAAGUGCCUCACCUUGCAAUGUUCUGCCAAGAAAACAGGCCUUCUAUCCCACAUGCUUUCUCCAAAUACCUUUUGCCUAUUGUUGUGCGAUACCUAGCUGACCAGAACAAUCAGGUCAGAAAGACCAGUCAGGCAGCAUUGCUUGUCCUCCUGGAGCAGGAGCUCAUAGAGAGGUCUGACGUGGAGAGUAGCGUGUGCCCGGUUCUGAUAGAGCUCACGGCUCCGGACAGCAAUGACGAUGUCAAAACAGAAGCGGUGGCUAUUAUGUGCAAAAUGGCCUCUAUGGUGGGCAGAGAUAUCACGGAGAGGCUCAUCUUGCCGCGGUUUUGUGAGAUGUGCUGUGAUUGCAGAAUGUUUCAUGUUCGCAAGGUUUGUGCAGCCAACUUUGGUGAUAUUUGCAGCGUCGUGGGGCAGGAAGCAACCGAGAGAAUGUUGUUGCCACGUUUUUACCAGUUAUGUUCAGAUAAUGUUUGGGGUGUCCGGAAAGCAUGUGCUGAAUGUUUUAUGGCCGUAUCCUGUGCAACGUCUCAAGAACUACGCCGCACCAAGCUCUCUGCUCUUUUUAUCAAUCUAAUCAGUGACCCUUCUCGAUGGGUUCGCCAAGCUGCCUUUCAGUCCCUGGGGCCUUUUAUAUCCACUUUUGCUAACCCAUCAAGUUCCGGUCAGUAUUUCAAAGAAGAAGAAGAAGAAGAAUGUAAAAGUGUAAAAGAUGACAGACAAAGUGAAGACAGCAAUAGGAAUCCAGAUGUUAUGACAGAAGAAAAUGCAGUUUCAGUGGGAGAUGAUACAUCACCAGAUGUUUGCACAGACGGCAGUGUUAACUUUACUGUGACGUUAGAAUCCAACUUGGAAGAUGAAGCAGAUGAAAAUUCCAGGGACGCUAAUCACCAUCUUGACUUAUUUUCACAUUGCACUUUGCUUUCACAAUCCGCUGACUCCGGUGAUCCAGAACAGAUCUCUCCUGAAUCAAAUCCCCAUGGUGUGCUGGAGUCGGCGUCGCCAGAGGGUCCUGUCACCGAGCAAGAGCAGUUCAACUCAUUCCAUUACUGGCGGACUCCCAUCCCUGAGAUCGACAUUGAUCUGGAGCUCCAGCAAACCCAAGAGAGAGCGCGUAGCUCUGAAAGUAGACAUGUCCAGAAGGCUUCGUCCCCUGGCUCUCCCAAUAUCACCAUGGCUACAAGGAAGGAGCUGGAAGAGAUGCUAGAAAAUCUGGAGCCUCAUAUAGAUGAUCCUGAUGUUAAAGCACAAGUGGAUGUACUCACUGCAGCCCUAAAAGCGUCCAGUCUAGGAACUCGGGAAGAUACGGCAUCCUCUAACUUGAACAGAGAAUUUUACCGCAGCGACCGCUCGGAAGCAGGAAGAACAAACUGCAUGAUUUCACGUGAGGAUUCUGUCCCUCUGAUCAGUGAUUCUGUAGAGUGUAUGCAGUCCACGCUGCGCUACAUUCACGAUGAUUCUGACUUGAGCCCCAAUAGUAGCUUUGGCCACGAAGACGAGAAAAAGUCCAAAGUGCAGGAUGUUGUACCUCAGGCCUUACUGGAUCAGUAUUUAUCUAUGACUGAUCCAUCUCGUGCGCAGACUGUUGACACAGAGAUUGCCAAGCACUGUGCCUAUAGCAUCCCAGGAGUGGCUCUCACGCUGGGCAGACAGAACUGGCACUGUCUCAGGGAUACUUACGAAACACUGGCAGCCGACAUGCAGUGGAAAGUGCGGAGGACAUUGGCCUUUUCAAUCCACGAGCUGGCAUUGAUCCUUGGCGAUUCCCUGACUGCUGCUGAUUUGCUGCCUAUCUUUAACGGCUUUCUGAAAGAUCUCGAUGAGGUCAGAAUAGGAGUGCUGAAGCAUCUCUAUGAUUUCCUAAAGCUUCUCCAGCAAGACAAACGAAGAGAAUAUCUUUAUCAGCUACAAGAGUUUCUGGUGACGGAUAACUGCAGGAAUUGGCGCUUCAGGGCAGAGCUAGCAGAGCAAUUAAUUCUCCUCCUUGAGCUGUACAGUGCCAGAGACAUUUAUGACUACUUACUGCCAAUCGCCCUAAAUCUCUGUGGGGACAAAGUGUCUUCUGUUCGCUGGAUUUCCUACAAGUUGGUGAGCGAGAUGGUGAAGAAGUUAUACUUGGCACCCAACCCAGCAUUAGUUUUGAACCUUAUAAAUAAGCUAGUGGAAGAGUUUUGUCAAAGCGCCAAGUGGUCUGGGCGGCAAACUUUUGUUUUCAUUUGUCAGGCUCUCAUUGAAGAUGACUGCUUACCAAUGGAACAAUUUGCCAUUCACUUGAUGCCUCAUCUACUUCAGCUGGCAUCUGACAGGGUCCCAAAUGUGAGAGUCCUCCUGGCAAAGACUCUGAAGCAGACGCUGCUGGAGAAAGAGUACUUCUUGACAUCUACAAACUCUCACCAGGAAGCAGUGGAGCAAACCAUCAUGGCUCUGCAAAUGGAUUAUGACAGCGACGUCAAAUAUUUUGCCAGUAUUCAUCCUGCUAGCACCAAACUUGCCGACGAUGCCAUGAGCACUGCCUCCUCCACCUACUAACCAGCAUCCCUUUCCGGGAAAGUCCUCCUUGAACUCAGACCGAAGACGGCGCGGCCGCUGUCCUAUCGCCUCCUUUUCUCCUACUUGGCACUAGCAGAGAACUCUGAGGAUUGCCACCAAAGCCUUAAAUCUUCUGUCUUCCUGAGAUAUCGAGAAACUUGAAUUGAGCGUAAAUUUUAAGCCUAUCGGGGAAAUGGCAUCUCCUACGUGCAUUCCCUCUAAUUCCAUGCUUUCUAAAUCAUUAAAUAUACCGUGGCUGGUAGCUGUGGUCACACACACACACACACACAGCGUUAUAUUUAUUAAACAGUUCUAUGCUAUAAAACUGCAGAUUUCGUGUGCAGCAUUUUAUUGUUUAAUAACCAAGAGACACGACCUGUGCUGAAUGUUCCAAGGCCAUUCAGUAUUUGUUGCAAUAGGGUUUUUAUUCGAAAUGGCGUUGCCUAUGAAUUUCUUAAUGUGUGAAUAGUUUUCUGUUUUGGGAUUUGUGUAAACGGAGAGAGAGACUAGGCAGUAGACCAUUUUUUCCUUUCUAAAGGGCUCAGUGCUAACACUACACUAGAAACUGAUUUUAAUCCUUUAAUGCAGCAUAUUGCUGUACAUUUAGUCAGGCAACAUUGCUGUAAAGUACCUCUGUUCUAAUUUGUUUCAUGCUGGUCGUGACCUGAAGGAAAUCUAUUAGUUCAUGUACUUCAUGCCCGGUUCUUUGUUUCCUUUUUAAACUUUAUCAUGAUCGGCUUCAUUGGGUGCAUCCCUUCUGGUCUACAUGUACAUAUCUGUCUGUACUCCCUGGAGUGCCACAGUCUUUAAUCAUGCUGUUGAAAGCUUUGUUGUAAUACAAGUUUCUCUGCUUGUCAAAUAAAAUUUAAUACGUUUCAGUA